AUGGCUACAGCAGGACCCCCCAGGACGUGGAUGAUCGGUGCCCUGAUCACAGCUCUGAUUCUGGGGGUGAGAGAUUGCAGAUUUUUCAGAAUCCGUCUCGGCCACCAUUCCCUGUCACCCGUUUAUGAAUCUGGGCAGCAGAUGUUCCAGGGGAUCAAAACCAUCCCCCAUCCUGGUUACUCCCAUCCCGGCCACUCCAAUGACCUCAUGCUCAUCAAACUGAACAGAAGAAUCCGUGAAACUCAGUAUGUUAAGCCCAUCAACAUCUCCUCCCGGUGUCCGUCUGCUGGAACCAGAUGCUUGGUAUCUGGCUGGGGAACAACCAGCAGCCCCAGCAUUAAAUUCCCCAAGGUCCUCCAGUGCUUGAACAUCACCGUGCUAAGUAUCGACAGGUGCAAGGAGGCCUAUCCAAGACAGAUAGAUUCCACAAUGUUCUGUGCUGGUGACAAGGCUGGCAGAGACUCCUGCCAGGGUGAUUCUGGGGGGCCUGUGGUUUGCAAUGGCUCCCUACAGGGCCUCGUGUCCUGGGGAGACUUUCCCUGUGCCCAGCCUAACAGACCCGGCGUCUACACCAACCUCUGCCAAUUCACCAAGUGGAUCCAGGACACCAUCCAGUCCAACUCAUGA